AUGUCAUCCGCCUCAGAUAGCCAGAACCAGACAGUGAGCUUUGGGAACGACUCUCCGGUAAGCUCUUUUUCCUCAUCCUCUGUUUCGAUUUCUCCUCCCCCAAGCCCUAGAAAAACCACCAAAACCCUCACCCAAACCAAACCCACACACGGCGGAGCAACCUCUUCUCAGCAGCCGUCCGUUUUAAAACCUUCCAUAGCCCCCACGAAACUCUCUUCUAAAGCCUUCAAAGCCAUCGUUACCCCUCCGACCAAGAUCCCUCAACCUAAACCUAAAACCACUCAACCAAAACCCAAAACUACCCCCAAACCAAGGGCCAAGACACCUGCAAAACCAAGGAUGCGUCCGUCAUCUACGGCCGUUUCCAAACCCUACACUAAGCCUGCCCCACCACCAGUCAUCCCUAACGUCAUUAUGGUGGGUGCAACGCAUAAUCCACUCCCAGCCUAUGCCCACAAUGCACCGUCACCAGCUGUGCAUCCACCACCUCCACUUUCUAUCGAGCCCUUGGCCACCAUUUAUCCCGUGGAAUCAGAUGCGUUGUGCCAACGACCUCAUUUUCCCAUCCUCAUAUCUUCCCCUAGGAUGCUUCAUACCCUAGUGGGCACCCCUCAAUUUACUCCACCCAUACAACCCUCUGAUGGUCCUGCGUCAGAGCGCAAUCUUGAAGAGUUGGCAGAACUGGCUCGACUGGACGAGCAAGAGGUUUUUCGUGUGAUCUUGGCAUCCUUCAAUCAAAGCCAAGAGGAAGAGCAGGUGAUGCGUUUAGACCCAUCUAACACAUCACUUGAGUUAGACGAAGCUAAGCGGUAUGCUAUGAUGUUUGAAGAGGAACUAGAAGAAGAAAAAAAGGAAGAAGAAGAAAGGGAGAAUUGGUCCUGA